AUGGUAUAUAUCUUUUUAAAAGUAUUUUAUUUUCUUAUUAAUUAUCUUUAAAUUAGUGAUGAAGGAGUAGCAGAAUAAUUGGUAGAAUUAUGUGAUCAAAUAAAUGAGGGCAUCUGGAGUAAUGAAUGCGAGGUUUUAGAAAUGUUUAAAGAAAUAUUUGAAAAACUGAAUGAGAAAGAUCAAAAGGCUGCUCUUGUCUACAUUAAAGCUAAUUAAUAAACUUCUAUCUAUGUAAAGAUUCUCGAAUUGGAAUAUUUAACUACAGAAGAUAUUUCAACUGAAAUCCAGGAGGUUAUCGAUUAUAAAAAGAUUUACUAAUAACUAAUUCAACAGACAGACUGGUAAUAGUUAAUAAAUCUCUUAAAAUAAAAAGAGUUUUGUGUUUAAAACAAUAUCAACCCAAUAAUAAUAAAUAAUUAUGAAAUUCUAUAAAAACUUAAAGAAAAAGUUGUUGACCUUUUGAAUCUCAAUCGUUUAUCAAAGAUUACAGAAUGGGGAUAUCCUUAUAAAGAUAUAUUUAAAAUUUUAUUAGGGUUUAUAGACAAGAAUAAUGAUCUUGAUGAAUCAGAAGCAAAAAAAUUAGAAAUGACUAUAGGUGCUUUAUUAGAAGAAUAAGUUUUGUAAUUUUUAGAGUACGAAAAUAAUUUAUUGCAAACAGAAAACUAUGAAAUGAUUAAUAAAAUUAUUUCUGCCAUUUAAUUGGAAGGAAAAAACUGUUAAGAUUUUUCAACAGAAUUAUAAUCUCUCUCCUUUGAUUAAUAAAUAUUUAUUAAGCUCUGCACUAUUUCAACAAAAGAAAAAGCACUUGAGAAUGUUAAAAAAUAAGUUUCACAGUUACUUUAUUGUGAGAAUGUUAAACGGGAAUAUAAAAUAGAUUUCAAAAAAGUAGAUUAAAAUAUUUUGAAUUAUCAUGGAUUUGAGAGCCUGUACUUUAGCAUAAUCUUCUACUUUUGGUAGUAAUAUUGCUAACAGAAAUAUGGUGAAUUUAAUUAAUUGCAAAUUAAUCUAAAAAAACUCACAAAAAUUGAAUAAAAGUUAAGAUUGAUAAAGAGUUUUAUUUCUAAAGUAAAAGAAAAUAGCUAAGAUUAAAUUUACCUUUUUAUAAUCCAUCAUUUAAUAUAAUUUUCAUGUUAAAAAGAAGAAUAUCUAGAAAAAGAAAAAAUAUUCAUCUAUUAAGAGUUCUAACAAAAUAAUUACAAUUUAAUUUAUUAAUUAAUCAAAAAGGAUAUUCAAAGCGUUUUAUAAACUGAUUUAUAUUGUUAAUUAAGCAUUUUAAGAUUUAUACCUAUAUUUAAAUUGAAAAAAUUAAGAAUCUAGUUCACUCAAUAGAAUUAAAAUGUUGAACAAAGUUUAAGAGGAGAAUAAAAUGAUACCAGUUAAGAUAAUGAUGCUACUUUGAAAAAGUAAGAUGAUUUGAUAAAGAAUUGUUCAUAAGAGAUUCUUAAUUAAAAUUUUGUUUCGAGCUUAACAACUUAAUAGCAAUUUGUUAUAUUGCUUUUGUUCUAGAAUCCUUAAAGAGAAUUUAAUGAUGAAAAAAUAAAAGAUUUAAAGUUACAAUUUAUACUUCAGAAGAGCGAUGAAAUUGAUAUAUACAUAAGUGAAUUAAUAAAUCAAGAAUAAAAAUUAUCAUAUGGAGAAAUUGUGUUAUUUUUAGAAUUGUUGAAUCCAAAAUUCAAUAAAUUAAUAGCAAGCAUCAUCAGGCUAUAUAAGAUAAGUUAAUCUUUCAAGCUUUUAAGGGCAUUGAUGUGCUUAAACGAUUAUUUUAUAGAAAAUUAUAACUUAGAAAGAAAGCAAGAAGAAUUCUCAUUUGAACAAACAUCCUAAUUUUCAGAAGAAUUAAUCAAGGAGUUGUUGCUAUUAAAUGAAAAGGNUGAAAUUAUAUAAAAACUUAAAGAAAAAGUUGUCGACCUUUUGAAUCUCAAUCGUUUAUCAAAGAUUACAGAAUGGGGAUAUCCUUAUAAAGAUAUAUUUAAAAUUUUAUUAGGGUUUAUAGACAAGAAUAAUGAUCUUGAUGAAUCAGAAGCAAAAAAAUUAGAAAUGACUAUAGGUGCUUUAUUAGAAGAAUAAGUUUUGUAAUUUUUAGAGUACGAAAAUAAUUUAUUGCAAACAGAAAACUAUGAAAUGAUUAAUAAAAUUAUUUCUGCCAUUUAAUUGGAAGGAAAAAACUGUUAAGAUUUUUCAACAGAAUUAUAAUCUCUCUCCUUUGAUUAAUAAAUAUUUAUUAAGCUCUGCACUAUUUCAACAAAAGAAAAAGCACUUGAGAAUGUUAAAAAAUAAGUUUCACAGUUACUUUAUUGUGAGAAUGUUAAACGGGAAUAUAAAAUAGAUUUCAAAAAAGUAGAUUAAAAUAUUUUGAAUUAUCAUGGAUUUGAGAGCCUGUACUUUAGCAUAAUCUUCUACUUUUGGUAGUAAUAUUGCUAACAGAAAUAUGGUGAAUUUAAUUAAUUGCAAAUUAAUCUAAAAAAACUCACAAAAAUUGAAUAAAAGUUAAGAUUGAUAAAGGGUUUUAUUUCUAAAGUAAAAGAAAAUAGCUAAGAUUAAAUUUACCUUUUUAUAAUUCAUCAUUUAAUAUAAUUUUCAUGUUAAAAAGAAGAAUAUCUAGAAAAAGAAAAAAUAUUCACCUAUUAAGAGUUCUAACAAAAUAAUUACAAUUUAAUUUGUUAAUUAAUUAAAAAGGAUAUUCAAAGCGUUUUAUAAACUGAUUUAUAUUGCUAAUUAAACAUUUUAAGUUUCAUACCUAUAUUUAAAUUGAAAAAGUUAAGAAUCUAGUUCACUCAAUAGAAUGAAAAUGUUGAACAAAGUUUAAGAGGAGAAUAAAAUGAUGUCAGUUAAGAUAAUGAUGCUACUUUGAAAAAGUAAGAUGAUUUGAUAAAGAAUUGUUCAUAAGAAAUUCUUAAUUAAAAUUUUGUUACGAGCUUAACAACUUAAUAGCAAUUUGUUAUAUCGCUUUUGUUCUAGAAUCCUUAAAGAGAAUUUUAUGAUGAAAAAAUAAAAGAUUUAGAGUUACAAUUUAUACUUCAGAAGAGCGAUGAUAUUGAUAAUUACAUAAGCGAAUUAAUAAAUCAAGAAAAAAAAUUAUCAUAUGGAGAAAUUGUGUUAUUUUUAGAAUUGUUGAAUCCAAAAUUCAAAAAAUUUAUAACAAGCAUCAUCAAGCUCUAUAAGAUAAGUUAAUCUUUCAAGCUCGUUAGGGCAUUGAUGUGCUUAAACGAUUAUUUUAUAGAAAAUUAUAACUUAGAAGGAAAGCAAUAAGAAUUCUCAUUUGAACAAACGGCCUUAUUUUCAGAAGAAUUAAUCAAGGAGUUAUUGCUAUUAAAUGAAAAGGAAUUAUUUUCUUUGAAAAUUCUUUUCGGAAGGAAUAAAUUUCAGAUACUUUUAGUGGCAACAGUCAAUUAAUAUUUAAUUUCACAGACUAAAACCAAAAAUAAUUAUAUGAAUAUUCUUAAAAAAUUAGUCCCAAUGUGCCCAGGAAAAUAUAAUGUUAAGAUUCAAACAUUCAGAGCCCUAUUUGUGAGUCUAAGACCUUGGUUAUUGAAUUACUUACUCUCAUUAAAUAUAAAGCAAUAUAUUACACCUAGUGUUUUUAAAAGAACAUUAAUAAUUAUUUUUACAAUUAUGGUUAAAAAGGAUGAAUAGAUCUCAAAAUUGAUACUAUCUAAUCUUCAUUAUUUUUUUGAUUAGCCUUGUUAUGAUUUCGAUUAAAUUUGGUGGGCAAAAAAAAGAUAAAUUAUUGAUAAAUAUAAUUUCAAGUUAAACUUAAUACAAUUUUUAAACUCUAGAGACCUGAUUUAAAAUUUAUCGGAGGAAUGCUUAUCAUUAUUUUUGGAGAAUCCUCAGUUUUAUAAGGAAGAACUGGGAAAAGUAAAUUACUUUAAGCGUAUCCAAUUAAAUUCUGUUUACUUUCUUCAAAAAAAUAUAUUUGAUUAAUGUCCUUUAGAUGGUGGUUUUACUCUUGAAGAUUUCAAUAUCUCCUUAACUGAAACAACAUCGCAAUAAGAAAUGAGAAUUGUUCAAGAUUGGAUGGAUAAUAUGAAGGAUACAUCAAAAUUUAAGGAAUUAAUUCCUUUUUUUUUCAACAUUAUUAAGAGAGGGGAAUCAUCAAAAAAGCUAUUGUCUAUAAUAACUACAUACAGAAGUCAAAAUAAAGAAUCAAUGAAGAUUAUCAGUAAUAUGAAGGCCUUGUUUUAAUUGUUUUAUAACAACUCUAAUGAUGAACUAAAAGUUAUGUUGCUGAAACUCUAUUAAAGCAUGUAUCCUAUCCCUUUGAUUUUUCAAAAUCCAUCCUUGUAAGCCGCUAAAGAGGAAAUCGAUUUAUUUGGAUUUAAUGAGAAACUCUAUUAUGUAUUUAAAAAAUCUUUCUCUAUCAUCAAUUUUUCAUUAAGUGAAAAAUAAGCUUAAAUAGGAAAGACAGAAUUGAUCAAUUAAUUAUUUUAUCAAUAAGAAAAAUUUGAGACUUAGGAUACCUGCCAAUUAAACAAUAAUACUAUUGAUAUUAUGUUUGAUACAUAAUUUAAUGGGUCAAGAAACCUUAGUGUGGCUGAUGCUCAUGGCUAAAUACCUAUUGAAAUUUUGGUAAAAAUUUUGCCCUUGUUUAAAAUGUGGAUUAUACAAUUUGAUUCUGAAUUAGAACUUAUUGAAAAUUAUAACUAGUUAAAAAAAAUCAAGAAUACUCCUUAUAUAGAUAACCAUAAGGUAUGCUUUCUAAUAAGAAAUUACAAAGGAGAAUUAGAAGAGAAUAAAAAUAAUGAAUAAUAUAAGAAAAUUUUAGAGCAAAUAAAAAAAGAAGGGAUAAAACUUCAUAAAAUGAUUGAUCUAGCAUAGAAAGGCUUGGAUAAAUCUUAAAAAGAGUUAGAAUUAUAGCUAGCCUAAGCUUUUCUUUUUCAUGAGAUUGAAGGAGAUGAAUAAUCAUCAUUAGUCACAGAUCAUGAUUUUUUAAACAUUAUUAAAAAAUUUGAUACAAAAGAAAAACAAAUAUCUCACUAAUUUUUAUUAGAUAGGGAUAUAAUAAAGGACUUAGAAAAAGAGCUAAACCGAUUGAUAUUAAAGCCUUUUGGAUUUUAUGAUUAAGAGGCCUUUCCUAUAAGAUCUAUAGAAUACCAAUUAAAGCAAUUAAGAGAAAGAUAAAGCCAAAUUAUGCAAUAAGAAAAUGCAUCAAGGUAAAAUGAAUCCUAUAUCAAAAUAAACUAAAAGGGGACUGACAAUAAUCAGGAUAGCAUAUAAAAUGAAGAAAUAAAAUAAUAAAUAACCGAGUUAGAGAAUUCUAUUAAAAACUCUUAAUUAUCAAAGCUUCUAAAGAUGUUUUGCAAAAUUUUGGACCAAAGCUCAUAUUAUAUACUUUAUUUAUAAUUUAGAGAUUAAGUUAGAAAAUUUAAUGAAAGAAAUACUUUUGAAUUGUAGGAAAAAAAUUAGCAAAUUUAUGACUAAUUGAUGAAACUUAAAAAAGACAGAGAUCAAAUUAAGCUUAAAAAGACUGAAUCUAACUAAGAAUCUCAACCUAUCAUAAAUUAUGAAGGCAAAAAUAAAGAAUAUAGAUAAUAAUAGGAAUAACUCAAACAAGAACUAAAAAAAAAUUUAGAAGAUAUCGGAUACAAAAAUAUUGGGAUUGAAAUGUUUUGGAGGGAGCUAAUUGCAAUAAAUCAAAGAAGUUUAGCUAAUACAUAUAUUGAUCCAGCAGAAAAAGUAUAUGAAAUGAUUAAAAAAGGGGAACCUUUUGAAUUUCUAGAUGGUGACUCUCUCAAAAUAAAUGAAAAAUUUUUGGAUUAACUUAAAAAUAAAUUCAUAAAUUUAGGAAAGGAGAAGGUCUUAGUAUUAAGUGUACUAGGACCUUAAAGUUCGGGAAAAUCUACUAUUUUAAAUAAAAUAUUUGGAUGCCAUUUUUGGACAAGCGUUGGCAGAUGUACAAAGGGCAUUUAUUUGAAUUUGCUAAAAAUUCAAUUUAAGGAAUACUUUAAUAAUUUAUUUGAUUAUAUACUGAUACUUGAUUCUGAAGGAUUACAAAAUCCAAAUUAAGUAGAUCCAGAAUUUGAUAAAAAAAUUGCUCUUUUUGUUUUAGCUAUAAGUGAUAUAAUUUUGAUAAAUGUCAAAGGAGAUAUACAUCAACAAUUUAAAAAUUUAGUUGAAAUGUGUAUUUUUACUUUAGUGUCUAUGAAAUCUAAUCUCUCUUCUAAUAAACAAUUAAGUUGGUGCUUUAAUUAAAAUAAUGAUACCAACAACUUUGCUCCAUUUUUAAAUUAAAUACAGGGAAUUGCCAAUAAUUUAAAUUUAGAGUACAAUAAUGAGUAAGAUGUAAAAAAUUAAAUAAUUGAUUAUAAUGAGUUUUUGAACAUUUCAAAGGACAAUAUUUAAAUAUUGGGAUUUGCAUGUAUCGAGAAAUUAUGGAGAAAAAAUGAAAGUUUAGGUAUAACUAAAAAUUGGAGAUAAUUAAUAAUUAAUGAAACAUUUUCAGAGGAAGCUUAUCUUUAUGGGAUAAGAAUGAUUAAAAAUUUUAUUAAAAUGUUUUAGUCUCAAACAGACACAUCUCAAAUGUAAAGUUUAAGCUUAUUCAUAUAAAAUAUAAAUACUAAUUGGUAAACUAUUUGCAAUUUCCCUGAUUUAUUGGAAUUCGAUGAAUUAAUAUAAUACAAGCAAGAUUAAUUAAUGAAAAGUAAAUUUGAACAAAUGUACGAUUAAGAAAAUUUUAGUUUUCAAAAUGAAAUUAGAGGUGAAAUUAAUGAUAGAGUGAAACGUAGUAAUGUGAAAAAUUUGGCUUUGUUUAAUUAAAUUUAAGUUGAGAAAAAUGAAGAUCUUAGAAUAAGGUUUAGCCAGAUCGAAUAAGAUAUAAAAGAGAAAAUAACUUUAUUUAAAUAGGAUAAACAAAUUAAAAAAAAAAUUUAUCUUAAAUACGUAAAGCAAUUGAGCCAGCGUAUUAAUAGCUCCUUAAGAGAUUCAGAAGUUAUAGUAUUUGAAGAGUUAAAAAAUAUUGUAAGAGAGUAUUAAAACAUAAAAGGAUUCAAGUGGCUUGAAUACUUUAUUCUUUAAGUUAGUAAGGAUCCAGCAUAACUUACUAAACUAAAAGAAAAUGAGGAUUAAAUUAUAAAAGCAUUUGAUAAAUUAUGGGGAGAAAUAACAAGUAAAUCGCAACAACAACAAAAUGAAAUUUUAAGGGAGUAUUCUACCAAAUAAUAUUAAUGUAUCUCCUCUUCAUUCAAUGAGUACAGAUUAACUACAGACAACGAGCAAAAAUUUAUUUCCUUGUUUCUUGAGAAUAUUAAUAAUAAUUCUCCUUUUAGAUAAGAUUUGGAUGAAAGAAAUGAAAUUUAUGCUAUUUUUGAGAAAGAAUUAUACUAUUAAACUUAAUUUUACCCAAUUCUUAAUACAAAAUAAAAUAUGAGAUAUGCAGAGAUUUUUAAUUAAAAUUUGGAAGCUCGAAUGAAAAAACCUAAGACUAAAUAUGAUGUGAUGGAUAUUAACAAUUAUUACAUAUAUCAAAUGACAAUAUAUUAUGUGGAGUAAACAACCUUAGAUGAUUACAUAAAAAUGAAUGAAAAAAAAAAUUAAAACACAUUAUAAGUAGAAGAAGGAGGAUUACUUGCAGAUUUAAUAUAAAUAUUGGAAUAAAAUCAAAGUUCUUAAAAAUAUUAAUAUUAAAAUACCGCAUCUUAAAGUUAAUAUAGUUUAACUUCAUAUUAAGGUUAAUAUUAGAAUAACGCAUAGUAAGGUUUAUAUUAGAAAGUCAAUUCUAAGGUUGAAAAUUUGAUGCUUUUAUUCGAUAUUUUUAAUAUUGAAUACACUCAAGAACUGAGGAAAAAGUUAGUAGAAACAAUUCAAGAUCCCCCAUGGUGGAAAAUGUUGACCAGUCAGGCCAAUUAUAAUGGCUUAGUAAUAAAAGCGUUUAAAUAAUUUUAAAAGUCUUUUAAAUAGGUCAAAAAUUAAUAAUAUCCCUUAUUGGAUUAUACAAAAGAUACAUAUUUAAAAAUUAUCAAAGAAUUCAAUAAAGGCUUGAAAUUAAAUAGUAAAUAACUAUCUUUUACUACAGAAAAAGAAGUUUAAGAUUAUAUCCAAAAUUUUGAACAUAUAAUAAUAUUCAGAGAAUAAACAAUAACUCCUUUUUCGAAAAGAUAUUAAAAAUUAGACUCCAGCUUAAAAUAUAUAUAGAUGAAGGAAAUUAACUUUCAAGAGAGCUUUAGACUUAAUUUUAUAUAUUCUUUUUCAACAGCAAUGUUUGAAGAAAAUUAAAUAUUAUUGUAGAAAGAUAAUUGUUACAAAAAUGGAUUUUCCAAAUUUGAGAAAAUAAAUAGUUGGUAAAUGAUGUAUUUCUCAAUUUAUGAUGUAAUUAAAUCAGAAAUGACAAAGUCUCAUCAAGAAAAUGACAAACAAGAUAAUUCCGAUAGCGAAGAGAUUAAACAACUAAAUACAAGUUUGAUAAAAAUAAUUAUGUCUAAAAUUGAGUAGGAAAUCAUCAAUUAUAAUAAAUCUUUUGCUAAUUUUGGCAUAAUCUUAACUGGAAUGGGGGAGAGAUGUAUAUAUUAUUAUUCCAUGUUAAUAAUUUGGCGAUUUACAUGCUUUAAGAAAGUUAAAGGAAUGUAGGAGAGCACAAACAAAUUUGAGAGUCUUAAAUAAAGUUAAUUUUUGAAAUGCAUUGCUGACAUAAAAUAAAAUAAGGCUGAAUAAAGUAAAUUAAAGGCUGAGGCUUUUAUUUGUAAUUUGUAUUAAAGCUGUAUUUAACAGUUUUAUAGAGAGAAUUAAGCCGCUUUUUGUGCAGAUAUCAAAAACAAAAAUAAAAUAACAAAUACAGAACUAAUAAAACUGUUAGAUAAAACUAUUUUAGAGGAUUAUUAAGAAGAUAUUAAUUUAAAAAAAUAUACUGAUCAAUAAAUAGUCGAAUAUAUAACAGAUUAAACUAAAUUUAUUGAAAAUUAUGUUAAAAAUGAGGUUGACAAAAUAGAAGCUGAAAUCUAAGAUUAAUAUGAAAAUAAAUUAAGAAAAUCUUUAUUAGCAAUUUUGGAGAAAGUUAAUUCUAAUGUGCAAAUUUUAAGACAACAUACUGAUUUAUAAAACCCUCCUAUAAAAUCGAAAGAGUAUUUUGUUCUAAAUGAGAAUGAUAACAAAAAUGACGAAUUUUAUGAAAGUAAACUUUUUGAAUUGAUAAUCUAAUGUCUUCUUGGUGUAUCAUAAAAUAUGAAUAAAUUUCAGAUUUCGAAAGAGCAUGAGGAAAUCUUUAAAAUUAAUACUUUUUAAAAGUUAGAAGACAACAUUUUUGAUAAAUCAUAGUUUUAAGAAUCAGAAUAAUAAAUAUAACUCUUACAACCUUUUGCUUUAGAAUUGUCAAAUUAGUUAGGUAUCCAUAUCUAAAAAGUGAAGAAAGAAACAUUAUCUUUAGAAAAAUUUAAUGGUUAUCAAGAGCUAUCAACUAUAAAAUUAAAUAUGAUUGGCUGUCUUCACACUUGUCCAAUGUGCAAACGCAAAUGUGAUUAAUCUUAUUCAAAUGACCAUAAACAUGAAUGUUCGAAUGGUCAUUAAUUAAGAGGUAUUUUUAUUUUGUAAUUUAAUGGGAUGAAUGGAGUCUUAAAUGAGGAUACCCCUUCUUUGUUCAAUUGCGAUGAAAUGGAUGAUGAAUGUCUAAUUACUUUAGCAACAAAAGAAACAAAAAAAUGGAUAGAUAUAAGAAAAACAUAUGAUGACUGGAUUUUUAAAGGUUUGGAUGAAAUGGAGUAAUAAAAAAUUAAAGAAAAAAUGAUGAAAGUAUGGAAUUAAGGAACUGGAUAAAUGGUAUGUGAGUAGUUAAAAAAAAUGUUAAAAAAGUCAGACAUCAAAUUUGUGCUUAAGAAUAAUUUCAAAAAAGUAAUUAGAUAACCUAAAAUUCAUUAUAUUUUUAUGAUUGAUGAUUCAGGGUCAAUGAGUGGAAGUCCUUGGAAAACUGUGAAAAAUGGUUGUUUAAAUUGCAUCUCAAUAAUAUAGAAAAAUUUAAAUGCUAGAGUGAGUGUUAUUAUUUUUAAUUCAACUGCUAGAAUUGCUAUUAAUUGCGAAAUUAUCAAUUUGGUUGAAAUGGAAAAAAAAAUACAAUUUUAAAAUGGGGGCACUGAUUUUGGUUCAGCAUUUUAAUAAACAUACAAUUUAAUUGUUCAGCACUUAAAUGAUGCAUUUGAAAAGUUAAUAUUUAACUAUAUUUAGAACUGAAGUUUUAUUUUACACUGAUGGGGGAGCAGCUUAUCCAAAGGAAUAAGUCAAAUUAUUUACAGAACUUCCAGAUCAUUAAAAAAAUAGAAUAUUCCUUCAUUGCUGUACUGAAGAGGCAAAUGCUACAUCAUUAUAAAUGAUUGUAAAUGAAAUGAAUUGUAGCCUAAUUAAAUCUGAGUUAAAAUAAGGGUUUUAAGUAGCUGAUCUUUAAAAGACAUGGGCUGAAGUAGUGAGUAGAGAAUAUCAUAACCUAAAGGGAUGA